UGGCCAAUAUAUUUUUUUCCAUAGAAUACUUUUUACAAUUCAAAAAGUAAAGGCAUAGGUUCCUAAAUUCAACAGGCUACAGCGGAUAUAUUUUUUGAUAAUUCAAUAUGCCUUAUGCAAAUCAACCUUCUGUUCAUAUUACCGAUCUGACAGAUGAAAAUGUAAAGUUUCAUAUAGAAGACACUGAUUUGAGCGUAGCAAACAGUAUUCGUCGUGUUCUUAUUGCCGAAACUCCAACAAUGGCUAUUGAUUGGGUAAAACUGGAAGCAAACUCUACUGUUUUGAGCGAUGAAUUUCUUGCACACAGAUUAGGUCUAAUCCCUUUGAUUUCUGACUAUGUCGUUCAGCGUUUACAAUAUCCAAGGGACUGUGUCUGUUCAGAUUUUUGCAAAGAGUGCAGUGUAGAAUUUACUCUUGAUGUUAAAUGCACUGAUGAUCAAACUCGUUUAGUAACCACUGCUGACUUGAAAAGUAGUGAUCCUAGAGUUAUACCAGCAACUUCUAAACAUCGAGAUGAAGAAUCCACUGAAUAUGGUGAAACAGAUGAAAUUUUGUUGAUUAAGUUACGUAAAGGGCAAGAAUUAAAAUUGAGAGCUUAUGCCAAGAAAGGUUUUGGAAAAGAACAUGCUAAAUGGAAUCCAACAGCAGGAGUAGCCUUUGAAUAUGAUCCAGACAAUGCAAUGCGACAUACAUUAUAUCCUAAACCUGAUGAAUGGCCAAAAAGUGAAUAUAGUGAACUUGAUGAAGAUCAAUAUGAAGCUCCAUUCAAUUGGGAAUUGAAGCCAAACAAAUUUUUUUACAAUGUGGAAUCCUGUGGAUCCUUGAAACCUGAAAAUAUAGUUACAAUGGGUGUAGAAAUGCUAAGAGAGAAAUUAUCAAAUUUACAAACACAGCUGAGAUUAGAAAUUGAAAAUGAUGCAUUGGCUAUUUAAAAAAAUCAAAAAAAUGUUUUCUGUCUAUUGAUUUUUGAAAGUGUCUAUUCAUCAUUUUGAAUUGUGAUUUUAGUUGAGUAUUGUAUUAAUUACCAAUAAAUAUUUUCAGAUCAUAAA